GCGUUGAAUAUCCCAGCCUCCAGCGCCGUCUGCGCCGCUGACUACUACUAUCUACUGCCGACAAGUACACCACCGCAUGAGGUCGCCGCCGCCCAGCUCCCUCUCGAAGCAAGACGUCCCCGCCGUCUACCUGGAGACGUGACUUCGUCCUGUUCGUCUCUCGUCGACCGCGGCUUCACCCCCCUUCCCCCCCAUCCCGCUCUCCGUCGCUGCUUUCUCCGCCCUCUCAACCCUCUCUCGGGUGCCGCUGGCUGCCCCAACCGUCGGGCAUCGUCCCCAGCCAGAACUUCACUACUCCGGCCUGCACCCAACCUCCGAAGCCCUUCGCCGCACCUCCUCGUGACCACCGAGUGACCAGAAACCGCUCCUCCCGCCCCGGCACGCGCUGGCCUCCGUCAGCUAUCCCAUGGUAAUGAGCAGGCCAAAUGAUCAUGGCCCGCAAAAUCAUGACUCUCAACCAGCCUCGCACCUUACGCAGCGGUUCGUCACGAACGAGAUCAUCCUCCCCAAAAAUAAGAGCACCAGCAAUCUCCUGUCACAUGCCUCGAGCUCCGGAAUCACCAUAGAUACAUUGCGACCUCGAAUGUCAUUAGAUGCAGGAUCAUCAGAUAAAGUAGCGAGGUCCCCAAUUGUCCCGGAACAUGAGCAUGGCCUUGGAGCGUCCGGCCUCCGUAGAAUACGCCAGCAACCUUUACCACGACCACUAUCUGGACACAAUUUCGGUGCUCAGCCGAGAUCUGCGUCGUUGAGCCUCGCCCUUCCAAGAUCGCGAAACCCAUCGGCAUCCCUACAAUCUGGUUCUGCAUCGCCCACCCUCAACUUCAGUGAAGACCUGUCUAGAUUUCCCUCCGAGUCGUUACACUCGUUCUCAUUCGCCCAUCAGUCGGAAGAGUUCAUCCACAGUCGGCAAAAUGUCUUGAAACGGUCUAUAGAUUUUAUGCGUGACAGACUUGGCUGGGCGGCGAGCAACCCCGGAUUGGCCAAUGCUCAAGCGAAGUUGAGCGGCGACCAAGAAGUUCAGAGCAUGAUGGAACUACUCACUAGAGCGAACUUGAUAGGACAAGAUGCGUCCCGAGCGUACGGCUUGGGCUCCAAGGGACCCCUUACUGGACCACCAGACAUGUCCGGGGAAAACGUCUUCGCCAAAAGCUUCCUGCCAAGGUCUGAGAGCCCGGACAGCUUUGACGAUGACGUUUCUCCUAGGGCCGAAAGAAAGGCAGAGUCGAUCCAAGAAGCUAGGCUCUUACCAUCCGAAACUUCUAAAGCAACACAAUCCAAGCUUGUAGACUCGGCUGGACUUUCCGGACACCAUACAUUUGGAUCUUCAGACAUGGUGGAAGCGCCUCCUCCGCCCUCUCUAUCCCCUCGAGCUGCGCUGAAACGAACACUAACGGACACCGCUCCGCUCACGAUCCAAAGCCAACUGAACGACGCCAUGGCACAGCCCUACCUCAUCGGCGAUCAAGGACCCAGCAAUCAUCUUGCAUCACCUACAGGCGUUCCCCCGACAUCCCACCCCAAUAUGUCGGGGCCGCAUAGUGCAGGGCCUGCCCCCCAUGGACAUGGAAGCCGGUGGGCUCCAGCGGCCCAAGCAAUAUUUACCACCGAGGCUCAAGCCCCCUGGACAAUCACCGCCGCGAAUGACCUAGCAUGCCUAGUAUUCGGGGUAACCAGAGCCGAAGUACGAAAGUUGGGAAUUCUAGAAGUGGUAAGAGAAGAGCGGAGAAAGUGGUUGGAGGAUAAGCUAAAGAAUCCGGAAUCCGGAUCAAAGCCGUCACGAGAGCCUUACAGCCAAAGUCAGCGUACGAGUCCAACUCCAACGACUUCUUUGAAUGUUGGCAAUGGUGUGACCGCAAAACUACUCAGCAAACCUCCUUCUCGGCAACUCCAGCAGAGCAGGAGAUCCAAGACCGAUGAUGGCAGUGGGGCGACAUUUGCAUCGAAAAAGAAUGUCAAAGGGGCUUUGAACCAUGCUUCAAAGGGAUCGAGGGGUGUUCUGCUAUGUGGCGACGUGGUUCCGAUCCAGAAACGCAACGGUGCCCUUGGAUCAGCUAGUCUAUGGGUGAAAGAGAAGCGCGGUGGCCUAAUAUGGGUUCUGGAGGAAAUUGCUGAAGACGUUGUCUAUGUUAGCGUAGAUGAGGUGGGGUGCGUGACGACAGGGCAAGGAGCCGUAGAAGCUGUCUGGGGAACCGAAAGGUUGCGAAGAGGAAUGGACAUCAAGCGACUGAUCCCAGCAAUACCAAGGCUUGCAGGAACCAACACGGGUGCUCUGGAUUACGAAAAGAUCGCGCAAGUUAAAACUUUCACGGCUAGGACAUCCAACAGCAUCAAUAUACCCGUCACUGUGGAACAACUUUCCGGCGAACCAACUUUCAGGGUGUCAAGCUUUCCGCACAUUGCCGGCAUCAUAGUUCUCUCUGCGUCGAGUCUGGCAGUGACGAGCUCCAAUACAGUCUUCUCAUCCGCCUUAUUUGGCCAGCCAAAGCCGGAUGGACUUCACAUUACGGAGCUAAUCCCUGGAUUCGAUCGGAUCCUGCACGUCAUGACCGACGAGGACAAGAUAGAGUUGGUGGAUGGGAUCGUAAUUCCGGAACACAGUUUCCGGCGCGCCAGAGCCCUUUUGGCCAUGAGGGAAGGCAAGGCGGAUGCUGCUGCUGUCUUCCUUCGACCCAGCGGUCUCCCAGCACGGCACUCGGAUGGUGCGGAGAUCAUGGUUGACGUACAAAUGAGGGUUGUUAAAAGCGAAAAGUCGAACAUACGUUAUGGCGACCAUAUCAUCACAGAAGAAGCCGAAUCACACGAGAGCUCGCCGUCGCCAGAAUUAGUCUAUGCCCUGUGGGUCACGUAUUCGAGGCAUUUGCAUGCAACAAACCAUGGCACUGGACCAGUUACGCCCCUUGUAUCUCGGCCUGGAACUCCGCCACGUCAGCCUUCACCUGGACAACCUUUGAGCGUCGUGAGCCCCCAAGACAUGGACACGGACGAAUCCAAGCAAGACCCAGUCCAUGUCUCGCUUCUUACAAAGCAAUUCCAGGAAGCAAUGAAACUGCCGGUAUCUAUGACCCCCAAGGACAAGGAAGUUGCCGAAAACGUCGAGACCAUGGACCCACCGAAGAAGAAAACUAUCAACGACUUUGUUGUGUUGGAAGACAUGGGACAGGGUGCUUACGGGCAGGUCAAACUGUGCCGAUACAAGAAGAACAGUAGUAAAAAGGUAGUCAUCAAGUACGUGACGAAACGUCGCAUUCUCGUUGAUACGUGGACAAGAGAUCGGCGGCUCGGGACGGUGCCUCUUGAGAUCCAUGUUCUGGAUUAUCUGCGCCGAGAGGACUUCAAGCAUCCGAACAUCGUUGAAAUGUCGGACUUCUUCGAGGACGACAUCAACUACUACAUAGAGAUGGUACCCCACGGUCUCCCCGGCAUGGACCUCUUUGACUAUAUUGAGCUGCGCGUCAAUAUGGACGAGGAUGAAUGUCGGCAAAUAUUCGUGCAGGUCGCCGAGGCUAUUCACCACUUACAUACGAAAGCAAAAGUGGUCCAUCGCGAUAUCAAAGACGAGAAUGUCAUCCUUGAUGGGGAAGGCAAUAUCAAGCUAAUCGAUUUUGGAAGUGCGGCAUACAUCAAGAAUGGGCCCUUUGAUGUUUUCGUUGGAACUAUAGAUUAUGCCGCUCCGGAGGUCCUUGCUGGCAAAUCAUACCGCGGCAAAGAACAAGACGUUUGGGCACUUGGCAUUUUGCUCUACACUAUCGUUUACAAAGAGAACCCCUUCUACAGCAUUGACGAGAUCAUGGAUCACGAUUUGCGGGUCCCGUAUAUUAUGAGCGAGGAAAGUAUCGAAUUGAUCAGGCUGAUGCUAAAUCGCGAUGUCGAUAAGCGCAUCACCAUCACUCAAGUGUUGGAGCACCCGUGGUGUAGAUUAGGGGCCUAAUUACGCCUGCAGGACAAAGCGUGGGCCCAUUCAGGGCGCUAUAAAGCCUAGACGAGAGCUAUUUAUACGACUACGAUCUAAGAAUAGCGAUUUAUUAUUAAGUGAUAAAUCGCAUAGACGUUAAAUCUAGCGAGCAUUUAGGGACUCGGAGCGAGCAUAUAGAUCUGCUUAAAAAGAACUGUUCGAGAUUUUUAUAAGGCUGCCUGUUUAAAUAGAUAUAUACUUUAUAGAAAAGGGCUUCUAUUUAUUUAUACACCCCUUUUCUAUUCUAUAUAUAUACACCCCCGUAUAUUAUUACACGUAUACGCCCUUUUAAAACGCCCU